UGCAGACUGGGCUGGCAAGCCUUGGCACAGCGGAUGGUGCGGCCCGGGCUCGGCACAGGAGACGCGCCAGGGCCGCUCGCGCAGGGACCGGAGCCGGGGCGAAGGGGCCAGGAGGAGCUCCCCACCCCGGGGCAGCGGGCACGGCCCGGCCCGGCCUGGCACGGCCCUCAGCAUGACAGAAGAAGUGCCCGCAGCUGCCACCAUGCUGGCGUGCAACGGGAGCGUUGCCCCGCAGGAUGGCCCGCUCCAGGUCAUCGGCGGCCUCGAAGAAAUUGCAAAAUCUGUUGGGACAGUCCCAUACACAAAUGCAGAAAUGAGCCCUGGCGCUUCACCUGCAAAGGAAAAUCUGGAGGAAAAUAGUAAUUCAUUGCCAGAGGACAUCCCGCCUGAGAGUUUUGCUGGAGAGAAGCGAUGCCAAGAAAAGCGAGAGGAGAACGCUGGGACACCACAGCAGGGACCAGCGGAUAUCCAGGACACAGGGACCAAUGGCCAGAGAUCAGGGGAAGGGCCGGGUGGCACGGCAGGGACCGGCCCGGCGGGGACCGGCACGGCGGGGAUCGGCACGGCGGGGAGCGGCCCGGCGGGGACCGGCACGGCGGGGACCGGCCCGGCGGGGAUCGGCACGGCAGGGACCGGCCCGGCGGGGACCGGCACGGCGGGGACCGGCACGGCAGGGACCGGCACGGCGGGGAUCGGCACGGCAGGGACCGGCACGGCGGGGACCGGCACGGCAGGGACCGGCCCGGCGGGGAUCGGCACGGCAGGGAUCGGCCCGGUGGCCGCGCCCGGCAGGGAGGUGGCGGAGACCGCUCCGGGCAGCGCCGAGCCCAGAGGGAACGCGGCCGAGGAGGCAGAGGAGGAGGAGGCGGAGGAGGAGGAGGACACCGAAGAGGAUGAAGUUCAGGUGAUUGAAAUCAAGAAGGAGAACAGCGAGGCGUCCCGCCUGCAGCAGCGAGACAGCGGCAAGCAGCCCUCGCCCCCGGGCAGCCCCGGCUGCAACUCCCCGCUGCAGAAAGCGGGGGAGCCGCCCAGCCUGGGGAAGAAGAACGACAUCUCCAGACACAGCUAUUCCAGGUACAACACAAUCUCCUACCGGAGGAUCCGCAAAGGAAACACCAAACAGCGGAUCGACGAGUUCGAGUCCAUGAUGCACUUAUGAACUGAGGGGGAAGCGCCCGACGCACCAAGCCUUUGCUCUGGGCUUGGCUUUAUUUUGUUCCCCCAAAACGUGUCUCUUCAUACAACACAGGGUCACUGCUUUUCUUCUUUUUGUAUAUGAUUUAUAAUACACUGUGAAAAUUUAACAUCUUGGCUUUGACGGGGGCAGAGGCACCCAUAGCGCAGGAAAAUAAAUAAUCAGUUUGCUAAAUACACA